AUGGAGUCUCGUGCCUACGAGGUAUACCUGACUGCUCUGCAGGAGCAGCGGCGCCUGCUGCUCCUGCUUAAGUCCAUGUGGGGUGUACACGCCGUUCUGCUGCGGCUUUCUCAGGAACGCCACGCGGAACAGUACGCGGAACGACCGCUUAGUCUCUUCGUUGCACACAACGUAUCGCUGCAUCAGUGGGUGGAUGCAAACAGUGCCCGGCCGACGCGGCACACUGCUGUCUUCUAUGCACUCCCGCCGCACCGCAGCAAUGAGUUGCCGUACGAGCAGCUGGAGGCCGUGCUAAUUGCCAAGGCGAAGAUGAGCGGCAGCACAUUUGAUGUUAUCGACCUGCGCCCGCUGGCAGCCGGUGGGGCGCAACUUAGCGGCGGCGCCGUUCGAUUCUCUGCGAAUGGAGAGUUCAUGUAUGUCUGCUGUGGUACUACCGGCUGCGAUGCGGAAGUGCGUGCGUCGACGUUGCGUAUAGUAGACGCGCUGCGCAGUGGCCUGGGCGUUUCAUCGUCCAACUGCUUCUGCUACUACGCGUCCCCGGAUGCUGCCGCUACUGGGGGUGGGCUUGGAUGGGCCGCUGUGGGGAUUUGUGCGUGGGCGCUGGACGAGAUGUCCUUCGACUCCGCUGCGGAGCGGCAGCGCUUCGUGUCGCACCUGCGCGAAGCGUACCGCACCUCUCUUCACCUCACACGCGCGGAUGUGCAGAACUUCGCUGGUGAAUGCGUAGAGAUUGUCUCGCGGUCGCCGAGGCACGGCUCACCCAAGCGGCAGCUCGUCAUCUCUUCGGGCGCUCUCCGCGCCCUCUCGGAGGACAACCGCGCGGCGUUGACGGCGUGGUACAACAACGGUGGCUGCGUCGUGCCGGAUGUGACGACGGUUGAGCGCGUUGGUGGCUACUCGGUGGCGUCGAUGAUGAUUGCCGUCGUGACGCAUGGAGCAGAGACGCCGCCGCCAACCGCCCGCGGGCUUCUCGCAUCCAGCGGCAUCGGGCAGUGUGAAUGA